GGCUCGGGGCGGGAGGCGGCGGGCGGUCGCGGGACGGCGGGCAGCGCCCUUCGGUGGCAGAGGACAAAAUGGCCAAAAUGGAGGUCAAGACAUCGCUUUUAGACGACAUGAUAGGGGUGGGAGAUAUGGUUCUCCUAGAGCCACUUAAUGAAGAUUCCUUCAUCAAUAACCUGAAGAAGCGCUUUGAUCACAAUGAGGUUUAUACAUACAUUGGCAGCGUGGUGAUAUCAAUAAACCCCUACAGAUCUCUACCCAUUUAUAAUCCAGAGAAAGUGGAAGAGUACAGAAACCGAAACUUUUAUGAACUCAGUCCUCACAUCUUUGCUCUGGCUGAUGAAGCUUACAGGUCUUUAAGGGACCAAGACAAAGACCAAUGCAUCCUUAUUACAGGAGAGAGUGGAGCUGGGAAAACAGAGGCAAGCAAACUUGUCAUGUCAUAUGUAGCUGCUGUGUGUGGAAAAGGGGCAGAGGUUAAUCAAGUAAAAGAACAACUUUUGCAGUCAAAUCCAGUCCUUGAAGCUUUUGGAAAUGCCAAAACUGUGCGGAAUGACAACUCCUCUAGAUUUGGAAAAUACAUGGAUAUCGAGUUUGAUUUCAAGGGUGACCCACUUGGGGGAGUUAUAAGCAACUAUCUGCUAGAGAAGUCUCGUGUUGUGAAGCAGCCAAGGGGUGAAAGAAACUUCCACAUUUUCUAUCAGAUCCUGUCUGGUGCAUCGGAAGAGUUUCUCUGCAAACUCAAGCUGGAGAGGGACUUCAGCAGAUACAACUACCUGGGCCUUGAUUCUGCCAGAGUGAAUGGAGUGGAUGAUGCUUCAAACUUCAGAACAGUCAGGAAUGCAAUGCAGAUUGUUGGGUUUAUGGAUCAUGAAACACAGUCGAUUUUUGAAGUAGUGGCAGCCGUUCUGAAAUUGGGAAAUAUCGAAUUUAAGCCUGAAUCUCGUGCAAAUGGCCUAGAUGAAAGUAAAAUCAAAGAUAAAAAUGAACUCAAGGAAAUCUGUGAGUUGACAGGUAUAGACCAGUCUGUACUGGAGAGAGCUUUCAGCUUCCGGACAGUUGAGGCCAAACAAGAGAAAGUUUCAACAACACUCAAUGUGGCUCAGGCCUAUUAUGCCCGUGAUGCUCUGGCUAAGAAUUUAUACAGUCGGCUGUUCUCCUGGCUUGUUACCAGGAUUAAUGAGAGCAUUAAGGCACAAACAAAAGUGAGAAAGAAGGUAAUGGGGGUGCUGGACAUCUAUGGCUUUGAAAUUUUUGAGAAUGCAGACAACAGCUUUGAACAAUUCAUUAUCAACUACUGUAAUGAGAAGUUGCAGCAGAUCUUCAUUGAACUUACCCUCAAAGAAGAGCAGGAGGAAUACAUCCGAGAGGGGAUUGAAUGGACUCAUAUUGAAUAUUUCAACAAUGCUAUAAUUUGUGACCUAAUAGAAAACAACCAAACUGGAAUCCUGGCCAUGCUGGAUGAAGAAUGCCUGAGACCGGGAACUGUUACCGAUGACACCUUUUUAGAAAAACUGAACCAGGUCUGUGCCACUCACCAGCAUUUUGAGAGCAGGAUGAGCAAGUGCUCCCGGUUCCUCAAUGACACCUCCCUGCCUCACAGCUGCUUCAGGAUUCAGCAUUACGCUGGCAAGGUUAUGUACCAGGUGGAAGGAUUUGUUGACAAAAAUAAUGAUCUUCUGUACCGUGACCUCUCCCAGGCCAUGUGGAAGGCCAACCACUCCCUUAUCAAAGCACUGUUCCCAGAAGGAAACCCUGCUAAGAUCAAUCUGAAGAGACCACCAACGGCAGGUUCACAGUUCAAGGCUUCAGUUGCUACCCUGAUGAAAAAUCUCCAGACAAAAAAUCCAAACUACAUCAGGUGUAUCAAGCCCAAUGACAAAAAGGCUGCACACAUUUUCAACGAAGCCCUGGUGUGCCACCAGAUCCGGUACCUCGGGCUCCUGGAGAACGUGCGGGUCAGGAGAGCGGGCUACGCCUUCCGGCAGCCCUACGAGCCCUGCCUGGAGAGGUACAAAAUGCUCUGCAAGCAGACCUGGCCCCACUGGAGAGGGCCAGCCAGAGCUGGAGUAGAGGUGCUGUUUAAUGAAUUGGGAAUCCCUGAAGAUGAAUUUUCAUUCGGUAGAUCAAAGAUAUUCAUCCGCAACCCAAGAACACUCUUCAAACUAGAAGACCUGAGAAAGCAGCGUUUGGAGGACUUGGCUACUCUAAUUGAAAAGAUUUACAGAGGCUGGAAAUGCCGUACUCGUUUCUUGUUGAUGAAAAAAUGCCAGAUUGUGAUCGCUUCCUGGUACAGGAGAUAUGCACAACAAAAAAAAUACCAGAGGAUAAAGAGUUCGGCUAUUACAGUACAGUCGUACAUCAGAGGGUGGAAGGCUCGGAAAGUUCUUCGGGAACUCAAGCAUCUGAAGCGUUGUAAUGAGGCUGCCACAGUAAUUGCUGCUUAUUGGCAUGGUACCCAGGCUCGGAGGGAGUUGAAACGCUUGAAGGAGGAGGCUAGGCGUAAGCAUGCUGUGGCAGUCAUUUGGGCUUACUGGCUUGGACUGAAGGUCCGUAGAGAAUACAGGAAAUUCUUCAGAGCCAAUGCUGGAAGAAAAAUUUAUGAAUUUACCCUUCAGAGACUCAUGCAAAAAUACUUCUUGGAAAUGAAGAAUAAGAUGCCUUCUUUAUCACCAAUAGAUAAAAACUGGCCAGCGAGGCCUUACCUUUUCUUGGAUUCAACUCACAAGGAACUAAAGAGGAUUUUCCAUUUGUGGAGGUGUAAAAAGUACAGAGAUCAGUUCACAGAUCAGCAGAAGCUUAUAUAUGAAGAGAAACUGGAAGCAAGUGAACUUUUCAAGGACAAGAAGGCUUUAUAUCCAGCCAGUGUUGGGCAGCCAUUCCAAGGGGCUUACUUGGAGAUCAGUGAGAACCCCAAGUACAAAAAACUCAAAGAUGCCGUGGAUGAAAAGAUCAUUAUUGCAGAAGUUGUGAAUAAGAUCAAUAGAGCCAAUGGGAAGGCUGCAUCCAGGAUUUUCUUAUUAACCAAAAAUAAUGUUCUUCUUGCGGAUCAAAAGUCUGGGACUAUCAAGUCAGAGGUCCCACUGGGAGAUGUUACCAAAGUGUCCAUGAGCUCCCAAAAUGAUGGAUUCUUUGCAGUGCACCUCAAGGAGGGUUCAGAAGCCGCCAGUAAAGGAGAUUUCCUGCUCAGCAGCGAUCACCUUAUUGAAAUGGCCACUAAACUUUACCGCACUACUCUCAGCCAAACCAAACAGAAGCUCAACAUUGAGAUAUCUGAUGAGUUCCUGGUCCAGUUCAAACAAGACAAAGUGUGUGUGAAGUUCAUACAAGGCAGCCAGAAAAACGGCAACAUCCCAACUUGCAAGCGAAAAAACAAUCGGCUUCUCGAAGUGGCCGUCCCUUAACUGCAGCUGGUGACUCUCCCUUUCAUGGACUUGUUUCUUUGUAAUUGUGCAAUUUUAGUGGUUUGGUUUUGCUAUUUUUAUCCCUUUCUGGAGCUGUUGAUGGCUAAUAGCUUUAGAAACCCUUGGCAAAACAUUUGAUCGAUUGACUUUGACAUCUUUUCGUUCAUGCCAGAGUUUUAACCUUCAAAACUUCAGAUUUUUAUCCAGUGAGGCAUUUUUACCAGCUGGCACAUAUCUGUCAUACAACCAAUCAUCCUCUUUGUUUAGCAGCCAUAUUUUAGUGCAGCAUAUCAUAAACCCACAUAUUAAUGAUAACUUACUCGUAUUCCUUAGUCUAGAGAUCUGCUUAACAGGAAUUAUACACGGCCUUGAUGCUGGGUGGCCAUUUGUGCCCGGUGUCCUUUUAUCCCAAGCUGUCCAAGGUGUCUGACAGGCUCCUCCUGUCCUGCCCCUGUGCAGAGCAGAGCCUGAUAAAACAACUCCUGCAGCUCACACUAGGACCUAUGUAACUCAACCUUCCCGUCAGUACAGCACAGAGACAUCUAAUUCUACAAAAUAGAAGGAAUAGAUGAUUGCACAAGCAGCUACAUGCAUAAUUUUAUAGUAAAACAUGCAGAAAUUUCGAAACAGCGUUGUUAAUUAGGUCAUAUGUUGUUAAUGACUUUAUAAAGUAGAGAUCAGAGGAAUUAAAGAAGCUUUUUCUUUUUUUCAUGGAAGCUAUAAAGUUCAAGGCAUAUUUUCUGUUCUGCUUUUAAAUUAUGAGUUAAGAUUAGAGCCUGAAAAAUGCAAUAAUAUUCAUAACACAAGUAAAUGCUAGUUAUUUAAACAGGUAGUUAUCAAGUGAAAGGCUUGAGCCUUUCUUUUAAAUAUUGGCAUGUACAAUGUGCAAUAAAACAUACGUGACAUUUUGUGAGAUUAUUUAUAAUACACUUUUGUGUGGAAGAGAGAGGAUUGGUGCAGACUGCAUAGACAAUGUAGGGGUUAAAAUAGAACUGUGUUGUUAAUUUGCAAUUUUUAGAGUGUACACUACAGUUGUCAAUUUGGGAAGAAUACUUAGAAUUAAAAAAAUAAAAAAAAAAAUCCUUAAUUUGGGGUCUGUAUAUAAAUUGGUAUUACGGUAAUAAAACUGUUCUAAUUCUGUGCUGUUUGGUACUCCUAUGUUAUAACCAUAUUUUUGUACUCCAAACUAUUUUAUAUAACUCGUGUGCCUGAUGUAAAUGCGUGCACAGAAAAUACAAUCAAGGGCCGCAUUAUAAACCUUCAGUGUAACUGAUUGCACUUAAUCUUUUAUAAGCCAGAAGCAUUAGCUGAAAUCCUUGAGAGGAGAGAUGCUUUUCCAGAGGGAAGGAACUGCUCACGUGAAGGGUUUGUGGGAUGUGACUGUGAUUUGUCGAUGCGAGGACAGCGGAGAAAGCGCGUUGUAUUUUUACAGUCUGAUAUAGGACAGAUUAAGACCCUGGCUAUCUGAUGUGCAGUGCUGGAAGUCCAAGCAUAAAUAAAAGAAAGAGAAAGAAAA